GCACCACUGCGUUAUAUUCAAGGUACUAAGUUUAUUCAACGAAAAUUAAGACUAUUAUCGUUAUUGAGCUACCCUCUCAUAUGGUCCCAUGGGAUCGCGAAAUCAUGUGCUACCAAUCAUAUCCCGUCAAUUAGCGAUAAGGUGAAGUCUAUUGUUGCAGAACAAUAUGUAACUUUAGAGCUAUUUGAUCUUAGUAACAUUAUUAUGCCAGUGUGGUGGAAAAAGAAGAAAGUUGUUAGAGGAUGCUUGGUGCUGUUAGCGGAUAAAUGGUUAACACACAUACCCACAAACAAACGGCAAACAACAGUUGGUUACUAG